AUGGAGAUCCAAUUGCCUGACUUAGCUUUGAAGCGAAUCUUCUCUUUCCUGGACCUGUUUGGCUUGCUGCAGGCUUCCCAGGUGAACAAGCAUUGGAAUAGGAUUGCAGAGAGCGAUUUCCUGUGGAGGUCGCUAUCUCUGCAGAGAUGGGACUGCAGCAACUUCACCGAUCAACACCUGGGCGCACACACAUGGAAGCAAUUUUUCCUGCAUCAAAGAAGGAAGGAACUUCAGUUGGCAUUGGCACAGCCGCAUAACUUUAUCUACAAAGUAACUAAGAACAUCGCAUAUGAGAUGGAGUUGGCUUAUCUCUCAGGAAAUAGCCUGACAAUGAAAGAACAGGAAAAAUCAAUCAUUUGUAGUAUAUCUCCAAAGCGAGAGCUUUGCACCUGGGAUGUGCAAGAGGGUACCAUGAUCUGGUCAAGCCCAGUCCAGGAGUCCUAUUUCUCAAAUCUGGUAACCCUUCCUCAGAUGCAUCUUGCCAUCACUAUGGAUCAGAAAAAAACUAUCAAAGUGUGGAAUUGUCAGGACAGGGAUGCUCUGGCCAUUCUCCCCAUGCCAGAGUCCUGUUAUUGCAUGGAAGCCUAUCUCACAAAGGAUGGCCCAUUCCUGACGGUUGGCGAUGCUGCAGGUGACAUCUACACAUUUACACUGCCUGGAUUAAGGGAUGUUUCUAAAGUUACUGCAUUUCAAUAUAGUAUUGUACUUCUACACUGCUCUCCUGACAAGAAAUGGGUAUUUGCAUGUGGGGCACAUAGACGUACCUUGCCACAGGUAUUCCUCACAGAGUCCUUAGUGAGACCAUCAGAAGGCAGUGCUCCUCUGUCUACCUCUCUCCCACAUAAAUUAUGUGUCAGUGCCUGCUGGACCCCAGAGGUGAAAAACAGAAUAACACUGAUGUCCCAAAGUACCACUGGAAAAAAGACAGAAUUUAUCACCUUUGAUCUAACAACCAAGAGGACUGGAGGCCAAACAGUCAUCCAAGCACAUGAGAUUGCAAGUUUCCAGUUGGCAGCUCAUCUGGAGCCCCCUAUUUGGAUGGGAGCCAACGAUGGAUAUACGAUUGUCUUUACCAAUGGGCCAUACUUGUUACUCUUCAGCAUCACUGGCUUUCUGCUGCAACGAUUUGAGGACCACCAGGCAGCCAUCAACAACUUCUGGGUGGAUCCUCGCUAUGUGCUCACCACAUCCAAGAACUCUGUGCACGUGUACAUGUGGGAAGAAGGAGGCCGCCAUCCACAUCUCAGGAGCUGCUGUCACCUGGAAAACAUAUGGCAUGGUCCCACAACACAUGGCUGCAUCUCCAGUGUGAUGUGUGAUAAUGCAAGCAUAGUACUUAAGGUGACAGUAAGUGAAUCCAGCACUCUUGUGAUGUGUUCUUUGAAUAUAAAAGGGAACAACAGUCAUGCCAAAAAGGGCCAUGACCACGUGCAGCCUAUUCGCUGCAUGAACUGUGCCCGAUGCGUGCCCAGUGACAAGGCCAUUAAGAAAUUCAUCAUUCGAAACAUAGUGGAGGCCACAGCAGUCAGGGACAUUACUGAAGCGAGUGUCUUCGAUGCCUAUGUGCUUCCCAAGCUGUAUGUGAAGCUAUAAUACUGUGUGAGUUGUGCAAUUCACAGCAAAGUAGUCAGGAAUCAAUCUCAUGAAGGCCACAAGGACCAAAAACCCCCACCCAGAUUUAGACCUGUGGGUGCUGCCCCAUGACUCCCACCAAAGCCCACACACGGGAAGCGCUACUUGGUAGGCACCAUCCAGUGGGAACUAGCUAACCAUCCCCUACCAUAUGGCCUGAGCUUAGUCACUACUGCUGAGUGGAGGUUAGCUAACUCUAGACUCCAGGGAAUUAUACAAGGCCACUCCCUUUAUGAGAGUACCUUUACCGGAUGGCAUCACUUCAAUGGAUGA